AUGGCUCAGACUGUCAAUUCAAUCCUCGAUGUGGAGACUAUGCUGUCUCUUGCGACCAUCGAUCCAGAGUUCGAAAAUAAAACUGCUAUCAAACGCCAUGCUGCCUCUUUUGCAACGCUGGGUCCUACACCCGUUGAAGUUGCACUGAGCGAGAUACAGUAUCCAGCAAGGGAUGGAGCUAUGAUUAGAGCCAAGCUUUACCAACCCAAGAUGCCACCCAAAAACGGAAGUCCUCUGAUAGUCUUUUUCCAUAGCGGAGGCUUUUGUGUCGGAUCCCCUGAAGGCGAAGAACUGACUUGUCGUAAUUUUGUCCAGGCAUUCGGUGCCGUUGCGGUUUCUGUCUCUUAUCGCCUUGCCCCUGAAUUCCCUUUCCCUUACGCUAUCAAUGAUGCCUGGGAUGCACUCAGGUGGAUCGCAGAAAAGGCAACAUCCUUAGCCGCCGACCCGUCGCUCGGCUUCGUGGUUGGAGGCACCUCUGCCGGUGGCAGCAUCACGGCGACUCUCACACACCUCGCUCGAGACGAAGGUUUGGCUUUCCCACUGACCGGACAGUACCUUGCCAUGCCGAUGAUUUCUCCUCUCGCAGCGGUGCCGGCAAAAUAUAGGAGUUACUUUCUCUCUCAGAAGCAAAACCGAAAUGCACCCGUUCUGUCGGGACCAACACUUGAUAUGCUUAUCAGUGGUUACAAGCCUGACGAGAACGAUUCUGUCCGAUACUCAAUACUCAAUCACCCUAGGGGUCAUGAAAGACUGCCUCCUGCAGUCUUCCAAAUCGCUGGGCUGGAUCCACUGAGAGACGAAGCCAUCAUUUACGAACACAUCUUAAGCCACGAGUCCGGAUGCAAGACAAAACUAUAUCUCUACCCCGGGCUUCCACAUGUACAUUUCUUAUUUUUUCCCUCAUUGGAGGCCAGCAAGAAGUUUAGGAUGGAACAGAUCGAAGGCAUGGGCUGGCUGCUGGAUAGAAAACCAGACUUUACCAAGGUAGUUACAGGUCGUGAUGCUAGUCCAUCUCAAUGA